AACAAAAUGCACCGUUUAUUGAAAAAUAAAUCAAUCACACCUCCAAAUUACAAACCGCCAAAAUCCAAUUUUCACUAAUUUUUGUCCUCCGCCAUAAAUUACUCUCUACAUUGUUUACUUAUAUAAACUCACUUUAUCUGAACCUACUCUUCCCAUUUCCAUGUGAUCUUCUCCUGUCCUUCUUUCUUCUACCUUUACUUUUAUUUCUACCUCCAUUUAUUUUCUUUCAAGUUUCAGCCAUGGAAACUGGAAGAAAACCCACCAUUUUUCUCUCCUUUUUCAUCUUCGUCCUUUCACUUUCUCUCUCUUCUUGUUUAGAACUACAAACCCUUGUCCUAAAUUCACUCCCUAAACCCACAAAUCUCCACCCAGAUUGGACUGAAUCAGCUCAAACCCAAACCCAACAAGAAGAAACCGAGCUGUUCGGGGCAACAGAUUCAACCGUUGCACUCCGAUUAGAGCAUUUAGAUGCUUUAGCAUCGCAUUUGAGCCCGGAAGAGUUAUUCUCUCUCAGGCUCAAACGAGAUGAGACCCGAGCAAAAUCAAUUUUUGCUCGGGUCAAAGGUGGCCUGCCUCGCGGAAGAAAUGCGAGCCGUCCCCGAAGCGCGCGAAGCGGGUUUAGUAGCUCAGUCGUUUCCGGGCUUUCACAAGGAAGCGGAGAGUACUUCACUCGGCUUGGAGUGGGGACCCCACCAAGGUACAUGUAUAUGGUGUUAGAUACCGGAAGCGACGUUGUUUGGAUCCAAUGUCUUCCUUGUAGAAAAUGCUAUGAUCAAACAGACCGGAUUUUUAACCCGGCUAAAUCCGGAUCAUUCCGGUCUAUUCCUUGCCGGUCUAAGCUUUGUAACCAGUUGGAUCAACCCGGAUGUAUACGACGUGGAAAUAAAUGCGCGUACCAGGUGUCGUACGGUGAUGGGUCGUUCACCAUGGGAGAGUAUGCUACCGAAACGAUGACGUUUCGGAGAAAUAAGGUACCAAACGUUGCGCUUGGUUGUGGGCAUGAUAAUGAAGGUCUUUUUGUUGGUGCAGCCGGUUUACUCGGUUUAGGUCGUGGUAAAUUAUCUUUUCCUUCUCAAACCGGUAGACGGUUCGGGAACAAAUUCUCUUAUUGUUUGGUAGACCGAACAUCUUCAAGUAAACCGUCGUCUGUAGUUUUCGGGUCCGUGGUUUCUAGAACCGCGGUUUUCACCCGAUUAAUUUCUAACCCGAAAUUAGACACUUUUUAUUACGUGGAAUUAGUUGGGAUUAGUGUUGGUGGGACCCGUGUCCGCGGAAUUACCAGAGAGCUUUUUAAGAUUGAUGACACUGGUAAUGGUGGGGUUAUUGUGGAUUCGGGUACGUCAGUUACCCGCUUAACCCGACCUGCUUACAUCGCAUUAAGGGAUGCAUUUCGGUUCGGAGCAUCCAGCUUAAAAUCCGCUCCAGAAUUCUCGUUGUUCGACACGUGUUACGACUUAUCGGGUAAAACCGAAGUUCGAGUGCCUACCGUGGUAAUGCACUUUAACGGGGCGGAUGUGUCGUUACCGGCGGCCAAUUACUUAAUCCCGGUCGAUACGUCGGGUCGGUUUUGUUUCGCUUUUGCGGGGACAAUGAGCGGGUUGUCCAUAAUAGGGAAUAUCCAACAACAAGGCUUUCGGGUUAGCUUUGAUGUUGCUAGCGGUCAUGUCGGGUUUGCCCCGAAUGCUUGUACUUGAAUUAAUUUUCUAUUUUUUUUGAAAUAUAUUAAUUUUCUUUUUACAAAAUAUUGUAAGAAGAGAUGUACUUGCAAAAAAGAAAAGAAAAGUAGUGGAAAAUUAGAAAGAUAAAAGAUGUGUUGAUUAGUGUGCCACUAUCUAAGCAUGUAAUGCUUCACAUGAGGGGAAUAUGUGUCCUCCAGCUGUGGUAAAGAUUAAAGUUAGAUAUAAAGAGAAUAGUAGAAUUUAGUAA